UGUUUAAAAGCCCUAUGAACGAUUUAAAGGAGAACAAUCCUAUAUUUGGAUAUAGUAUACGAUUCCCGUUUGACAAACAUGGUGGGGAGAGCUAAGAAAUGGAUCAACAUAACUACUGAUUCCCAAAUAGGAAAGAAAUGACGAAAAUUGUGAUGAAUUAAUAAGCUACCAAUAAGACAAACUUGGUCAACAGGAACCAUUUUGGUCACGUUUGAAUAGGUUUUCUAAUUACAACAGCGACAAACGAUAAGACUCUGCAUGUAGGUCUUCUCAUCUCAGUGGAUGGGUACGAAGGAAUAAUGAUAUAUCAUUAAUUUAACGUACUAUUCAUUAAAUGGACACUUGCUAAUCGUAUUGUAUCAUAAUCCAUGGAAAAUAUAUGCAAUCAUUCUUGAGGCUUCCGCGUUGAAGAAAAACAUUUGAAAAUGAUGUCACGCUUUACAGUCAUUUCGUCUAAUGAAAAGGAUAUGAAUAGGUACUGUUAUAUGGAUUGUGCGUUUAAUUUGCAAGUUGUCAGUCAAUAUACCUGCAUGACGAUCCCCGAGACAGAACAUUACAAGUGAAAGAGAAUAUCGAAUAUAUCGAACGAUUCAUAUAAAAGGCCCAUGCCUGCAUAUGUGGGUAUAUAUAUUAAAUCUGGUAUUUAUUGGACAAGUUACUCUAUUGGAGCUACGACGUGGAAAUAUCUAGUACUUUUGGAGCUUUAAUAUGAUACAACAGACAGAAAAUAAGAAUGAAGAAUGAAGACAAAAAAGUAUUUGGUGGAAAAGAAAUAAGAAAGAUCAAAAUUAAACUGAACAACACCAUUUACAUGUGAGGGAUACCACAAAAGAAACAAUUACAUCAUUAACAAAGGCUUAAUCUGUACAUAACUAGCAAGAUUUCAACGAUUAAAUACGAAGAUGGAAGAAAUUUAGAAUAAGUGUCAAUUCGACAGAGUCUGGGAUGAAGAAGAGGGCUAGGUGAAGGACGUUAUCGAAGAUUCAGAAAAAACUAUCAAAAAUGAUUCGAGCUUUCGCCAGGAAGAUUCCGAACAUGACGGCGUGCUUCAAAAGAUGCCUGUUCAUCCUAGUGCCAUUUUCUUUUAUGGUCUUACUUUACUUGAGCCUUGGCACUACAAUUGUGCAACGUACCAUGCCGAGUAUGAACCAGAUGAAUCAAGCAAACAAUACCCUGAACAAGAUUAUUAGAGGAGCGGGAAAAUAUACAGGGUACAGUGUUGGAGGUGCUAAUCCUAACAAUUCUGGUACAUCUGCACCAAAAGAGAAGCAAACAAGGUUCUUUAUUUCAGGCUCAUAUACUGGUCGCCUCGGGAAUCUCAUGUUUGAAUACGCCGGCACAUUAGGAAUUGCAAAAUCUAACAAUUUUACCAUGCUAGUCAACGAGAAACAUGAGUUGUAUAAAUAUUUUAAUCUUUCAGGCAUUAGUACCCCAAGUGGAAAACCAAAUAAAACAGUUCGGAUUGGUGAAAACGGGUGUUGUAAAUUUACAAGCCGAUUAAUGGAUAUUAAACCAAAGAGAAAUGUUACAGUUGGCUUGUACCUACAGAGUUUUAAAUACUUUCAGAACGUUUCCAUGAAAAUAAGACGGGAGUUCACAUUCCACGAUGAUAUUAGUGCAACUGCAAAGGAGUUCAUUGCUAAUGUUACCAAAAUGGAGAAAAAUUUAACACUGGUAGGAAUUCAUGUUAGACGUGGGGAUCUUUUAAGCAAAGAUAAAAUCAAGUUUGGAUAUACCACGCCAAAUACUACAUACUUUAUCCAUGCGAUGAAUUAUUUUAGAAAAAAGUAUUCAAAUGUGAAGUUCAUUGUUUGCUCAGAUGAUCGAAAAUGGUGGGAGAAAAACAUGAAUUUGACGAACGUUGUGAUAUCCAAAGGUACGAAAGCAGAAGAAGAUAUGGCGAUAUUGAGUAAAUGUGACCAUAUGAUAAUCUCAACAGGGACCUUUGGUUGGUGGGCAGCCUUCUUAGCAAAUGGGACAACUAUAUAUUAUAACAAUUGGCCUGGGGUGAAUACAGCGCUGGGUAGACAAACAAAGCACGAAGAUUACUUUAUGCCACAUUGGAUUCCCAUGGGUGAAGACGGGCCCCUAGUCAAAAUCCCUACCCCCAAAGAAUCCUCGAGCUCUGCAAAAUAUUAUAUAGGUGGGGCAUACACCGGAAGAAUAGGAAACCUCAUGUUCCAGUAUGCAGCAAGAUAUGCUAUCGGAAGGGCCAAUAAUUUAACAGUUCUCACAAGAAAUAACAGUGAGUUACAUAACUACUUCAAACUAUCUGCAUUGCGGGCAAAAACAGGGAUGCCAGAAAAUGAUACUCGUAUGUUCGAAUCAGGGUGCUGUAGAUUCACAAAAAGCUUAACCAAAAUUGAACCAAAGAAAAAUAUAACUUUGCAUACAUAUUUACAAAGUUAUAAAUAUUGGUAUAACAUUUCUAAUGAAAUCAAACGACAGUUUGUAUUUAACGAGGAAAUUGAUAGAAAUGCAACGAAGUUUCAUACAGGUGUUACUGGAAACGCUAACAACGUUACUGUAGUUGGGAUCCACGUAAGAAGGGGUGAUAUAGCCAAUAUGCAAAGAUUCAUAAACUUUGGAUAUACAGUUCCAAAUUUGACUUACUACGACGAUGCUAUGAACUUCUUUAGGAACAAAUUCAACAAUGUGAAGUUCAUAUUAUGCUCAGAUGACAUUACAUGGUCAGUUGAGAAUUUCAAGAAAUUCCCCGAUGUGAUUAUAUCAAAUGGGAACUCACCAGUGGAAGACAUGGCGAUACUAAGUAAAUGCGGCCAUAUGAUAAUGUCAACAGGAUCUUUUGGGUGGUGGGCUGGAUUCUUAUCAAAUGGAAUAACUGUGUACUAUGAAAACUGGCCAAGACUUAGUUCAAAAUUAUCUCAGCAAGUUGUUAAAGAAGAUUAUUUUCCACCCGGCUGGAUUCCUAUGACUUGAUGACUUCAUGUCUUGGGUGUUUCUGUGAUUACUUCAUGUAUGGGCUGU